CCGCUCGUCCCGGCGUGUCAGCUGGAAACAAACAUGGCGGCCCCCGGUAAAGCGCCCGUGGUGCUGAAGGCGGUGAAGAAAAUCGCCGUCCACUUUUGCCCCUUCGAGGCUAACGUGCGCUCGACGAGGGAAUUUCUGGUCAUGGUGGGCUCGGAGAGGGCCAGAUCGACCAAUUUAAACUGCGAGGUCAUAUCCAUGGUGAAACACGACAAGUCGGAACCUGUUGUGGAUGUCACUUAUGUUGAUGGCGAGAGGCUGCUGAUGAAGGGCGCCAACCUGACAAGCAAAGAGAUGCUCAGCGCCUUCCAGGCCCGAUGUACAGCCAAGGACCCGCAGGCCAAGACUGCAGCCAAAUAGCAAUCAACAUACUCUUGUCUAUAUAACUGGAUAUUUAUAAUAAAAUAUGUCUCAUUGGAUGUUUA